CAUAGUUACCAUCUGCAGUCUCAUCUGUACCCCGAGACUCUUAAGUUUGUAAACAAACAAAUUUUGGGUAGAAGUGUGAAAUAAAAUCUAGAUAAAAAUGCUUACUUAUUCUGUUAUUAGUAAUUUUGCUAGAAGAACUAAUCGUUGUCUACCCAUCGCUUCUAAUAUUUUUCUAAACAAAAGAAAUUAUUUAAAACUACACGGCUCCAGACUCCUUAAGGGUAAUACGAAGGCAUUGAUUGUACCAUCAAUUUCCCCUGUCCGAAUGGGUGGUUCUUUCCAUAUGCCUUACACUUUAAAUCAUAUUGAAGAACGAGUUCUCCUGGUCUUGAAAUUAUAUGAUAAGAUCAAUCCAGACAAUUUAUCAGCGAAUUCCCACUUUACACAAGAUUUAGGACUGGACAGCUUAGAUCAUGUUGAAAUUAUUAUAGCAAUGGAAGAUGAAUUUGAUUUUGAGAUUCCAGAAGAACAUCAUAACAGACUGAUGAGGCCUAAAGAUAUAAUUAGAUAUGUUGCUGACCGAUUUGAUAUUUAUGAAUAGGGGAACAAGCGACAAAAUUCUAGAAUAUUUCUGAAGAUUGAUAAGGAGGUGUUGUAGUUGUAAAACUUUUAGUUUGUUUUGAAAUAAAAAAAAAACUGUAAAUGUUA